AUGAAGAACAACAAUUCUUCAGCUGUACUUUUCCUUAUCUUCCUUAUUUUCACAAACUAUUGGCUAACCAUCAUUGAAGCUCAAAAAUGCAAACCAAGUGGCAAAAUCAAAGGGGAAAAGCCACCAGCGGGGCAAUGCAACAAAGAUAAUAACUCUGAUUGCUGCGAAGAAGGCAAAUACUAUUCAACCUACAAGUGCUCACCUACAGUUUCAAGACAUACAAAGGCAAUAUUGGCACUCAAUGGUUUCGAAAAAGGCAGUGAUGGUGGAGCUCCUUCUGAGUGUGACAGCAAGUACCACUCGGAUAACACGCCUGUCGUUGCAUUGUCCACUGGAUGGUUCAACAAGAAGAAGAGGUGCCUUAAGAACAUUACCAUAUUUGGUAAUGGAAGGAGCGUUAAUGCCACGGUGGUCGACGAGUGUGACUCCACCAUGGGAUGUGAUUCUGAUCAUGAUUAUCAACCUCCUUGUCGUAACAACAUUGUUGAUGCUUCUAAAGCUGUUUGGGAGGCAUUGAAAGUACCAAAAGACAAGAGGGGUGAAUUGGAUAUACAUUGGACCGAUGCUAAUUGAUUUAAUUAGUACUGCUACAUCUACAUGUUUCUUUGUGUAUGUGUAUGUGUGCAUGUGUGAAUUUCAGGGUAUUGGUUGUGUUAUUUUCAUGUGUGCUAUAUAUACACAGUGUUUACCUUUUUUAAUUACAUUCCUUGUUGUACUUUAUUUUUCAAGUUGUUUUAUGAUUGUUUCUUUGCAACAAUUCAUAUGAUAAUAAUAAUUGAUAGUAACUUUUAAAUUCUCGGUUCGAUGAGAUUUGAUGUUAAAAUAUUCCUUCCCAAUUUAUUAAAAAAAAAAAAAGAAAAAAGAAAAGAGACAGAGAGAGA